UCUUUUUAAAGGCUGCUGAAACAGUAGAUCUGGAGAAAUUUUGAGAAGAAAAAUGUUUGGUUCUAAGAAGGUGGAUGAUGAGAUGGAGCUGAAGAAGGACAGAACUGUCAGGUUCUAUCCUGAUGACAAACAAAACCUUACAAAAACCAUAUAUCAAACACCGAAAUAUGGCUCAUUCUUAGCUACUAGAUUCGGCAUUGCAAGUCCCGGAAGGUCGAAGGUGUUCCAAGAGGACCAUGAGCCAUGGAGCAAGCGAAUACUCGACCCGGGGAGUGAUCUUGUGCUGAAAUGGAACCGUGUUUUCCUCGUCUCCUGCUUGGUUGCUCUAUUCAUCGAUCCUUUGUAUUUUUAUUUACCAUCGAUUGAUGAUGGUAACAAUACAUUAUGUAUCAAGAUGGACAAGCGCUUGAGCAUUACUGUCACGGUCUUUCGAACACUAGCCGACCUGUUCUAUAUAUUGCACAUGAUUAUAAAGUUUCGGACUGCGUAUGUAGCACCAAGCUCCCGUGUUUUUGGAAGGGGAGAACUCGUCAUGGAUCCUAAGAAGAUUGCUAGGAGAUACUUGCGAUCGGAUUUCUUUAUUGAUCUUGCCGCUGCUCUUCCUCUUCCUCAGUUUGUCAUUUGGUUGGUGAUACCAUCUAUUAGAAGUUCGAAUGCAGAUCACAGCAACAAUGCCCUUGUGCUGAUUGUUCUUAUACAGUAUAUACCGAGAUUGUAUGUCAUGUUCCCCUUGAGUCAUCAAAUCAUAAAAUCAGCAGGAGUUGUAACAAAGACUGCAUGGGCCGGAGCUGCUUACAACCUAUUGCUUUACAUGUUGGCGAGCCAUGUUCUAGGAGCUGCGUGGUUCCUUUUGACGGUCGAAAGGCAUACAACAUGCUGGAAGUCAGAAUGCAGGACAGAAGCGAAUACGACCUCUUGUCAGUCUCGGUUUCUUGACUGUGAUUACUUGAGUCACGGAGACCGUCAGAAAUGGGCGGCUGUGACAAGUGUGUUUAACAAUUGCGACCCCAAUAGUGCAAGCCUCGAUUUCAAAUAUGGCAUAUUUGCACCAGGAUUGCAAACCGGUGCCGUCUCUUCUGCAUUCUUAAAAAAAUACUUCUAUUGUCUUUGGUGGGGUCUGCAAAACCUAAGCUCUUAUGGACAAACAUUGACUACAAGCACUUUCAUUGGGGAGACCUUAUUUGCUAUACUUAUUGCAAUUCUUGGUCUGGUUUUAUUCGCACACUUGAUCGGGAACAUGCAGACCUACCUGCAGUCGUUAACUGUAAGACUCGAAGAAUGGAGACUCAAGCGAAGGGAUACUGAGGAGUGGAUGAGACAUCGCCAACUUCCUCACUAUCUGAGGGAACGGGUCAGGCGAUUUGUUCAGUACAAGUGGCUUGCGACACGAGGAGUGGAUGAAGACUCCAUAUUACGUGCAUUGCCCGCAGACCUACGUCGAGACAUCCAACAUCACCUCUGCUUGGACCUUGUUCGGCGGGUCCCAUUUUUCUCACAGAUGGAUGAUCAAUUGCUCGAUGCUAUAUGCGAGCGGUUGGUAUCCACAUUAAGCACGGAGGGCACUUGCAUUGUUCGUGAGGGUGAUCCGGUGACGGAGAUGUUGUUCAUCAUUCGAGGGAGAUUAGAGAGCUCUACAACAAAUGGGGGCCGGACGGGUUUCUUCAAUUCUAUCACUCUAAGACCCGGAGAUUUCUGCGGCGAAGAGCUACUGGCGUGGGCAUUGCUUCCGAAGUCCACUGUCAACUUGCCGUCGUCCACGAGGACUGUGAAGGCUCUCGUCGAAGUAGAGGCUUUUGCAUUACAAGCGGAAGACCUCAAGUUUGUUUCCAACCAAUUUAGACGACUCCAUAGUAAGAAGCUUCAACAUACAUUCCGGUUCUACUCCCACCAUUGGAGAACAUGGGCUGCUUGCUUCAUCCAAGCUGCAUGGCGUCGGUUCAAGAGAAGAAAGAUGGCUAAGGACCUCAGCAUGAGAGAGUCUUUCUCCUCUCGAUCAGAAGAACAAGCCGAUGAUGUGUAUGAGCAGGAGGAAGAGGAGCCCAGUCCCCGGUCUGGCACCGUUUCUCAACCUCAACAAAAUUUUAAUGUAACAAUUCUAGCAUCAAAAUUUGCAGCAAGCACAAGGAAGAAGGGGGCUCAGAAGAUGAAGGCCAUCGAUAUGCCAAAAUUACAGAAGCCAGAGGAGCCUGACUUUUCUGCCGAUCAAUUUGAUUAGUGUUGAUAUCUCCACGGAAAAUAUCCUGCGCAUCAGUAAGCACUGAUGGGGAAUUCCACUCUGUAAGAUAUCUAAUAUAAUGGUUCUGACAGCGAGCAAAAUGUUGUAAAAGAAUUCGACUUCUUGAUAAGCACCUUAGUUAAUGAGUUAUGUAUUUGCAUGUUGUACACUUAGCCUGUAAUUAUCAGUUUGAUUCUUUUAACAUCGACGUGAAACUUUUUUCA